GAGCGCGCGAUGCUCGGAGUCACGAUUUUUCCCAUUCUUUUUCCAUUUUGCACGGCGAGCAUAGAAUAGUCUUAGCUUGCAGCGGGCGAAAAAAAAUUUGCAUUUCCCGGGUUACAAUCGCGCUUCAUUAGCUGUGUGGGUUGUACUUCUUAUUUAGCAGUGACCGCUACGCGGAUGGAAGUUGCAGAAAUGAAUGGCCGGUUGAUUUUCGUGAUUUUUGCCUCGUGCGCGCUUUUUGUGGCCAGUAUCGAUGCACAUCCGCAGCCUUGGGUGGGCGAAUCCGCUCGGCACAUGUGCGAGAAACAAGUGAGAAAUGUCUCGUCGAUCGAUCAAUACUGCCGGACAAUGAGCGCGUUGAUGAUACAUCAGGCCUCGCUCUGGUGCGACUACGUCGUUGAUUAUGGAUGCUAUUACUCGUUUUACGGGCAAGACCAGUGCAAGGAAAAUUGGGGAAAUUACGCUUGCUCGAGAUUGAGACCCGCACGAGGUUCGGUCGAGGUCUCGGAAUCGACAGCUUUGGAGACGUCAUCGAUCGCCAACACAAUCACCUCCAAGUGCGUCAGCGCAAUUAACUCGGCUUUCGGCACGCACGAAUUGACGGACGAGGACGUGCACAGCGGAAAAUUCUGCCGCAGCGUCGGUCACGCGCUACGAGACUUGUGCGGCCAAUUUCUCGAUUACUACUUCAUGACGCUACUGACCAGCAACUGGCUGGUGGCGCUUAUCUUCAAGAUCAUAAAGCCCUACGUUUGCGAUUAACGAAAAAGCUCCUAUCAUAUAUUCGAUUAUUGUGCU